UCAACGCUCUCUUUGAUGAACUGCGUGUUUCAGGAAGAAGUUGGGGCCUAACGCUGCGUAUUCGAGUAGCUAGCACAUUACCCUAAACUAUGAAAGAUAAUCUGUUAUGUUGAUUUUACAAUUUUGCGUGAAGAAAUAAAGACACAAUGAAUGAUAUGGAAUUCAGCGUCCCCUUGUCCUCAUUGGCACUCCUGGUCCCACCGCUUCGCCUGAUGUCAGCGGUGAUGUGGGAAGUUGUUCGGCAGCGAAACAUAAAGCACUAUGGCAAACUGGAGGAAUUCGUUUCCAUGGUUACAGAUGCUGUACCUGAACUGAUGAGUAAACGAGAGGGGAGGCUCCUGUCCCUAGGCCUCAGAGCACGGACAACUCUUGAGCUGUUGCGCUCGGAACACCCAGAAGAUCUCAAGGCAGUUGAGACUCAUCUCAACCGGAUCCGAUCUUCUUGCCUGGAAGAGACAAAUGAUCCUGUAAUCGAAGCCCCGGAAGCUAACUUCAUGAAGCUUGUCCAAGGCCUUAUUGAAGACACUGAUGGCAGGGAACACUUUCUCAAGAACGUGUUUCCUGUGGAGUAUGGCCCAGACUUUGACACAGCAUUAGAGACUCUUGUUUGUGAGUUCUUCACCAGACUAGAGGAGCUUCUGCCCAUACCCGAUUUUAAACAGACAGCAUCUUGGAUCAGUGCGGCCCCUGCUGUCAUAGAGGAGUACAUGCAGUGUGUUUCAAAUGGAGAAGACCUUAAAUUUCUACUCCAGAGCAAACAGUGCCAUGGAAAGUUGGCGAAGACCACAGUCGCGGCUCCUUUUCAAUCUGAAGAUCUUCUGAUUCCAUCGCUGUCUCUUCCUCCAUCUUUGGAAGUGGCCAUUGCCUCCCACCCAAGUGCUUGUGACGAUGAAAACACAGACGUCCCGCAGAUUGUCAUGUUUGACGAAGAGCUUUCCACAAAUCCUUCCACUUCCACAGACUUUCCCGAAUCGCCUAAAAGGACAGAAGGAGCUUCACCUCUUCGCAGGAGGCAUCAGUCAGGAGUCCAUAAAUGCCCAGAGUGCGACAAAUGCUUCAAGCAUCACUCCGUCCUAAUCGAACACCAGAGACUCCACAGCGGCCUGCAGCCGUACAACUGCUCCGAGUGUGGGAGAGCGUUCAGGACAGCCACCCUGCUGGCAGGACACAGGUUGAGGAAGUGUAAAAAUGCUGCGUACAUUUGCAUUAAAUGCGGCAACAGUUUUCCAACUUCCCUGGAAAAGUUCCGACACCACUGCGCAAAACGGCGGCGUAACCAUGACUGUGGGCAGUGCGGGAAGAGCUUUCUAAAGUCCAGCAGCCUGAAAGAACAUAUUCUAACUCACGUUCAAAGCCGACUUUUUAAGUGCAGCCACUGUGGUGCUGGAUUUUCAGGAAUCGGGGACCUGAAAUACCACCAGCAGGUGGAUCACGAAAAACCUUAUCAAUGCAAACAGUGUGGAAAGAGCUUUAUUUCCUCCAAGUCUUUAGCCAAGCACCAGCAGAGACAUGAAGAUGGUGGCCACAUGGAGACGGUUAAAAUAAUGAGCGGAGGUAAACAUAAGAGCAUCCCAGGCUACCGGACUUCUUCACUGUCUCUGUCCUACAGGAAAAUGUCUGUUAAGACUAUCUACUCUGGGAGGAGGGUCACACAUAAUUGUCCGCUGUGUGGGCGGAGCUUUAAGUACCGCUUUGAGUUUCUGGAACAUCAGCGUUUCCACACAGCAGUGAAGCCCUACAAGUGCUCUCAGUGUGGAAAAGCUUUCCGGACUGAAGCCCACCUGUCAGGCCACAGGAAGAGGAAGUGUAAAAACGCCGCCCACAUCUGCACCAAGUGCGGCUGUCAGUUUAGAUCUUUGCAUGAACGUGUCCGGCACCAGUGUGUCCAGCUGCUGACCAAAUACGAGUGUUCCCAUUGUGGCAAGACCUUCAAGAUGGCCCACCUGCUCAGGAACCACCAAAUGAGCGAGCACCAGCUGCCGUACAGCCCCAACCACCGCUUCAGGUGCCGGUACUGCGACGAGACCUUCCCUGGCAUCAGCGAGCUCAAGUACCACCAGAGAGUGGACCACGAGAAACCCUAUCAGUGCCAGGAAUGCGGCAAGUGCUUCCUGUCAGAAAAAUGCCUGAACAAUCACGAGCUGCGGCACAACGACGAGCGACCGGAAAGCUGCCCGGUGUGCGGCCGCGGCUUCAGGAACCGCUACGACUUGAAGCAGCACAUGCGGACCCACACGGGAGAGCGGCCCUACCAGUGCACCCGCUGUUCGCAGUGCUUCUCCACGGCGGGUGGACUGCGCAGUCACACCAGGGUCCACACGGGAGAGAAGCCCCACGUAUGCCCGGACUGUGGAAAGGCUUUCUCCCAGAUGGGGGCGAUGCGCACCCACAGACUCACUCACACGGGGGAGAGGCCUUUCAAAUGCACCAUAUGCGGUAAAGGGUUUACAAUGGCUCACAAGGUAACGGUCCAUAUGCGAGUGCACACGGGAGAGCGGCCGUACGUGUGCUCACAGUGCGGCAAAGCCUUCUCAGACGGCAGCGUGCUGAAGCAGCACAUGCUGAACCACUCGGGGGUCAGACCGUACCACUGCCAGAUCUGUCCCAAGACAUACACCUGUCUGAACCACCUGAGGAGACACCUGAAGAGUCACUCCAACAUGAACUGAGGCUGCUGUAAAACAUGCUGAACUUGACCUAAUACAUUUCUGCACUGGUUAGAAAACAAAAAGGUACUUAAUGUUUAUUAUUAGACUGAGCCUGCAAUACAGACUAUAGAAUCAAACUGUAUGUUUGUUGACACUGAAGUGGAAGUGUGAUGUAAAUGGAAGCACAUACUAAUACAACCAGCGCAAAAAAAAAACGUUUUCCUCACACCUAAUAAGCUUUGUUUUCCUGUCUUUUUUAACUUUUUUUCUUUAUCCUGAGGUCUGCAGUGGAAAAUCAUUCCCUUUUAAACUCUUACAGUGAAUUCUAUAAUGUGUCUGAUCUGUGAAGAGAAACCUUAUCUUUGUUAGCACAGUUUUUCUUUGUUACAACAGCAGUUUAAAUACAACAAAUGUACCGUAGGUUCUCAGAUGAGCAUGAGGCUGUAGGGAUGACCGGCGUAGCAACCAGCCAGCAGUGAUAGUUUUGCAUGCAUCUAGUGAGUUCUAUUAUUUUGCACGACCACUUCAUAGAAUUUGCCGCUCAUUUAGAUGGCGACCAUAUUAUGGUUGAUAUGUAUGUGCUGAAAUUGUAAUACUGGCUUUCCUUUUUCUUAUUGAAACCUUGUUAAACAAAUUGUACAUUUUUAUUUAUUGGUUCAAAAAUGUAAAAAAAAAAAAAGUCAAGUUUACUUUGACAACCAUAAUUUGUUUGUCUUGUAUUUCUUCAGAGGUUUCUGAAAUCCGAGUUUCACAUAA